UCCCACAGUGUCCGAGCUGUCGCGGUGGCCGCGCGCGGGGAAGCCAGGGCUCCGCCGCCGCCGCUCUGCGCAGGCGCUGCGAAAGGACUAGGGGGUGCCCCCCCGCGAAAUCACGCUUCCAAGACACACCCCUCGGAGCAGUGACGUCAGCUAUGCCUCCGCCGCGGGGUGACGUGACUGCCUUGUUCCUGGGGCCUCCGGGCUCGGGAAAGUCUUCACUGAUCGCCGCGCUGUGCGACAAGGGUGUGGAAACCAUCGACAUCCCCGAGGGACGGCCCGAGUCCAAGAUCCCCAGCUUGCGCGCCGCCGGCCCAGGCCUCUUCUUGGGCGAGCUGAGUUGCCCUCCCGCGGCGCCGGGACCCUGGGCUGCUGAGGCCGACGUUUUGGUGCUGGUGCUGCCUGGGCCCGAGGCUCACGCAGAACCUCUAGCCCCGGCGCUGGGGGAAGCAGCGCGGACCGCCCUGGCUCGAGGGACUCCGCUGCUGGCAGUGCGCAAUCUCCGUCCUGGAGAAGCGCAGAAUGAACUCCAGGUCCGGGAGCAGACAGAGACCCUGCUGGCCAGCGCGGGGCUGGAAGCGGCUGCUUUAUUCGUGCUGCCUGCUGACUGCGGUGGCCGUGACGACUGCGAGGAGCUGGAGCGCCUGCGGGCGGCGCUAGAGAGCCGGGCAGAGGCGCUACAGAGACUCCUGCCACCGGCUCAGGAUGGUUUUGAGGUGCUGGGUGCCGCAGAAUUGGAGGCUGUUCGAGAAGCCUUCGAGACCGGCGGCCUGGAGGCGGCACUGUCAUGGGUUCGUGCUGGCCUGGAGCGACUAGGUAGUGCACGGCUGGACGUGGCUGUGGCCGGCACUUCGGGUGUGAACCUUGUGCUGGACGUGUUAUUGGGGCUGGAUCCUGAUGAUCCUGGGGCAGCGCCUGCUUCAGAGCCUUCGGGGCCCACAUCAUACCCGGCCCCUGAGCGCCCCAAUGUGGUGUUCUGGGCUGUGCCACUAGGCCCCACGAGCACUGCCACUGCCUCCCACCCGGCUCACUAUGAUGCCCUUAUCCUGGUCACCCCUGAGGCCCCCGCUGAGAAGGACUGGGCGCCAGUCCGACCCUUGGUGCUACCAGACGCGCCCCUGGCCUGCGUGAGAACAGAUGGCAAGGGUGAGAAUCCAGAGUCGCUGGAAGAAGGAAAGGUGGAGAAGCCCGCCAGCGAGAGUUUAGAGAACUCGGGUGGAGGGGGACUGGAGAAAGGUGGUGGAGAGGGUGUGGAGGCAUGUGUCCCAGGAUCACAGAAAGCAGGUGUUGCGAGCGGGCAGCAGGUUGGUAUGGCCAUGAAGAAAUCAGGCAGCGAGGACACCGACUGCCCCGCUGUCGUGAGCCCAGAGGAUGAGGCGUGGGAGGUGCUGGAGGAGGCACCACCGCCAGUGUUCCCCCUGAGACCGGGUGGGCUCCCCGAGCUCUGCGAGUGGCUUCAGCGCGUGCUCCCCGCGGCCCAGGCUGGGGCCCUGCUCCUGGCGCUGCCCCCGGCUUCUCCCAGCGCCGCCCAAAAGAAGGCAGCGGCGUUGCGAGCCGGAGCGUGGCGACCGGCGCUUCUGGCCAGCCUGGCAGCGGCGGCUGCCCCAGUCCCCGGGCUCGGCUGGGCGUGCGACGUGGCGCUCCUGCGGGGUCAGCUGGCCGAGUGGCGCCGGGCUCUGGGGCUCGAACCAGCGGCGUUGGCCCGCCGGGAGCGCGCGCUCGGCCUGGCGCCCGGGGCACUGGCGGAGCUCACGCGCUUCCCAGGCCCCGUGACACGCGCCGAGGUGGAGGCGCGGCUGGGCGCCUGGGCAGGCGAGGGCACGGCGGGGGGCGCGGCACUGGGCGCCCUCUCCUUCCUCUGGCCCGCGGGGGGCGCAGCGGCCACAGGCGGCCUGGGCUACCGCGCAGCGCACGGCGUCCUGCUGCAGGCGCUUGAGGAGAUGCUGGCUGAUGCCGAGGCCGUGCUGGCCCUCCGGGGUCCCCUGCAGUGAGGAUGCUGGGCCCUGCGGGCGUCUGAGCACUCCAAGCUCAGAGGGAGGGGAGCUGGGGUCCAGGCCCAGGUCUGGGAUGGCGGGGACCUCUGAGCUUACCGCAGGGGGAGCUGCUCUGAACCCCCUAUACUAGGAGCUGGUGAGGGCUCUGAUGAGCCAGGAGCUCUAGGCCCCUCCAUCCCAAGGGGCAGAGUCUGGGCAUCGGGACUCCCGAUUUCUCUGGAGUGUGACACCCAGGCUCGCUUUCUUAAGGGAGGUGCACUUGGAUCCCUCCGAGGGGAUUUUUCUUGCUUACUAAGGGGCAGAAAUGAAGCAGGGUGGGGAGAGAGGCGGGAACGCUUGGGCUAAAGAGCCACAAAGAAAUCUAGUGACCCUGUCUCUUGGGGGAAGAGACUUCUAGAUUCCCCAGCUCCCAGAGGGCUUGUUGUCUUCAUGGGGUUGGGGAGUUUGCAGGGGGUGCCUCAGACUUUGGGGAUCCCCAAACUUGGGGGGGUUGCGUAUUUCUAGAGGUGAAUAUGGACAAGGGGAAAGAGCCAGCAGACCAGCUGGUGGCUUGUGGAGUCAGAGGCUAUUGAACCUUGGCUCUCAGGGAGAAUGGUGCCCCCAAAGAACAGGGGAGGCGGCCCCAGCUCUAGGCCAGGGUGGAGGGUUUAGAGCUCCUACCUGGGGCUAUCUGCCAAACCCUCCCCUCGGGUCCUGAUUGAAUCUCUCUCCUGUGAGCUCCACCCGAAGGAUCUGUGGCUGCCUUAGCUCGGCUGUGUUAGGUGAUUCUGGGACUCUCUGGGGAGUCUCUCUCUCCCUCUCCUUCUUCCUCUCUUUUUUUCCCUCUCCUUCCUCUCUCCCCUCCCCCCCUUCUUGAAGACUCCUUGGCUUUGAUUUGGUCUCGAUUUCUUCAGUCCUUCUACCGCAACCCUCUCCAGCCAGGGCCUGCUGUGGCUUUGUGUGUUUGGAGAAUCCAGAUGUUUCCAGACUGGCCCCGUCAGGUCUCUGCUGCUUCCUGGUAUAUGGGAUAUGUUGCAGUGAGCGCCCACAGAGCGGCAGGACAAGGUGUUCCAGACUGUGGGCAUGUAACCCCAGUGCCUGCAGCGUGCCUGGUUGCCAGCGGCUGGGGAACAGGAAGUAGGACCUGAGUAGCUCCUGGUUGGUGUAACUGAGCCGGAGGGGGUAGGAAGACAAAGCCCACCUCAGUCCGUGGGCUUGAGGUCCAGCAGCCCCUCAGCAAGGCCUGGACUUGUCUUGUUCUGGACUCGUCUCAUUUCCAGCUUUGCUCCCUUUCUCGAUUAGCCUAAGUGAUGUUCACGUGGCCGCCCACAUGGGGCUGCCUCUGGAACUUGGCACUUGCCCCCUUCCAUCCAGAGGGCUCGGCUCCCAGGAGGUCUCCCCCUCACUGGCUCCUCCUUGUCUAAUCAGAUCUGAACUCAGAGCCUCUCCCUCGCCCCAGACCUGCCCUGACCAUCCCACUCACACGCCCCUUCAUCCCUCCCCACCAGGUGAUGGCCCCUGUGAUGGUUAUUAUUACUGUGGAAGUGAACUUAUUUAUUUACUUAUUUAUUUGCCAGUUAAGCUGCUAUUAGCCCCUUGCUUGCCUGUUUUCUGCUGGUAAUCACGUGCCUAGAAUGGUGCUUAGGUAUUCGGUACUUCGAGGGGUCCCAUCAGGGGCGGAACUAAGGCUGGAGAUGCCUUUCAUGGCCUUCUGCCAGGGGUCAAGGAGUGGAGUGGGAAGAAAGAAGCCUGUCGUGAGGGAGAACACCACUGUUUGUGGCAGGGACUUACCGGUGCCUUAUUUCCUCACCGGUGAGGGGAAAGGGCUAGACAAAAACACCCAAGACUUCUCGGCUUAAAGGCAGGGUGCUUGUCUCCCACACGCUUUGCAUGCAGCUGACCCGGUUCAGUCCCCGCCUGGCACCUUAUAGGGUCCUCCAGUGUGAGUGCAGAGCCAGGACUGAUCCUUGAGCAUUACUUGGUAUGGCCUCAAUGCCCCCCUCCCCCAUAAAUUGCACAUUUAGGAAUCUCAUUGUUCCAGUUACAUGGAAUAGUUUUCCAGUGACUGAGUAUCAGUUUGGUUUUUCUUUUUUUCUGUCUUGGGGCACCAUCAGGGGAACCAACACCUGAUGGUUCUUGGGUAACCGUGGGGUACAAGGGAUCAUGCCCGGGCCUCAUAUACCAAGCACAUACUCCAUCAGUUGAGUUCUCUCCCACCCGGAGUAUCAGUUUGUUUAGUUUUGUUUUGUUUAUGAGUCACACCUGACAUGCUCAGGGGUUACUCCUGGCUCUGCACUCAGGAAUUACUCCUGGCGGGGCUCAGGGGACCAUAUGGGAUGCCAGGGAUCAAACCCAGGUCGGCUGUAUGAAAGGCAAAUGCCCUACCCGCUGUGCUAUUGCUCUGGCCCCCUGAGUAUAAGUUUUUAAUGAAAGUAAAUGUGAUCUCAGAUGCAGUCUACUGAUCACAUUCCAUUUUCAUGAGAAAUGUGAUUAUGUCUUUCUAGGGGCGAGACCUUGUACAAAUUAUUCAGCCCCUGGCAUCUCCGCCACAGGGUUCUUUAGAGUGGUCCAGGUGUGUGACUGCCUGCAUUCCCACUUACACACUGUACGGGGAGGCUCCAGCAUCCUCUUGGGGCCCUGACGCCACACCCUCAGCCCCGAGCAGCAUCACGGUAGUCUGCACACCCCUCUCACCCCCCUGCCUCUGUUCAGUCCUGUUGGCAAUCUCUGCUCUGCCCCACAAAUGCCACAUGAGAAUCAUGCCAGAGAUGGAAUAAGAAGCCAGACCCAGACUCAGUCUGGUGGUGAAUACUAACGGGGUUUAGCUAAGAGUGGAUUUCUGGUCAUGGCGUUCCAGAGUGGUCCCCUUUAUUUUCCUUAGCCACAGUCUAUGGUGCUAGGGAUUAAUCCUGUCUGGGACUCUGGUGUGCAAAGCCAUGUUGUCAUUGGUCCCAAGGUAGCCUCUUAAAAUCCUGCUGGUGGGGUGGGGGGAACCCAAGAGAUAGUUCAGGGGUGCAUGCCUUACGUGGGCAAAGACUCAAGUUUGAUCCCAGAUGCUGCAGGUCCUUGCUGAGCACUGCCCAGAGUGGCCCUGGUGGUCCCCAGUACCACGGAGCUUGAGCAGUACUGCAGUGCUGGGUCCUGGCAUCAGACUCACCAGCCUGGUUGGCUGAGUAUCACCAGAAGCAGACCCCAGGUCCCCACCACCACUAAAAAAAAAAAAUCCAUGCCUUUCAGUGUGUGUGUGGGGGGGAGGCAGAAGUUUAGUUUCUGGUGGUGUGGAUUGCACGUGACUGUCUCUGCGCUGUCUGGUGGUGGGGAUGGGUUCUUGUUACUUGGCAAGGAUGCUGGUGGACGUGGAAGGCAAGAAGCCAAGGCACUGCGAUGAAUCUUGGCAUUUCUGUCACUAGAUGCAGAACUGGCAGCAAAAUGAGCAAGACAACCCCUACAGUCUUAGUUGAGUUUCUUGUAUUUCUGCUCAGUUGCUGGAGGGGCAUGUGCCCCCCAGGAUGGGAAACCACGAAGGAUAGAUUGGGGUGUGGUUAGCUGUGGUGCUUUCUGGAGGAAUGAAUAAAAAUGUAGAAAUCUCA